AUAGAUAAACAUAACAAUUUUUGUUGACUCAUAACUUAUAAUUUCCCGACAUCGUCGAAGUGUUACAAGGGUUCCAAUGAGCUCUAGGUCAACAUUAUUUCCCUAUUUACGCCAUUUCGUGGUGGUAGCUUUGGGAAUUAUAUUAUUUUACUCACUAGCGUCCAAGCAUAAUCAGCUUCUUCAGUAUUUCCGUGGUGCCUUAGAACCUGUUCCAACCAACGAAGGAGUAAUCUUUACCGCAUCUCAGCUUUUGCAGUACAAUGGUAGAGAAAGCAAGAGUCUAUAUUUAGUUAUUUUAGGGCAUGUUUAUGAUGUUACCAAGGGUGAGAAGCAUUACGGCGAAGGACAGGCGUAUCAUAUGUUCGUUGGGCAUGACGCAACUCGGUCGUUUGUUACCGGCGAGUUUGACCAUUAUACUGAGGAACUAAGCGAUGUAUCAGCGCUGACCGAUACGGAGUUGCAACAGCUGCUCACGUGGAGAGACUUCUACGAUAAAACAUAUCCCUAUCGCGGAAAAGCGAUCGGUCGAUACUUCGAUCAGUUUGGUAAAGAAACGGCAUACCAUCGACACGUGUUAGAUCGUGCAGCUAAGGCCGAGGAGACUAAAAACGCCGGCACAACAUAUCCGUCCUGCAAUGUUGAAUGGAAGAAGGAUAUCGGAACGCGCGUCUGGUGCACGAACCGCAGCGGGGAUGGGGUGGAGCGACAGUGGACUGGCUUCCCAAGGAAAGUAGUCCCCAGCGGGAAUGAUGAUGAUGACGAUCAGUCACGUAGCGUUCAAUUUUGUGCGUGUGUCCCAGAGGAAGUGUCCGAUGCACAGUACGUUGCUUUUGCGGGAUGUGAAGCCAGUGCCGUUUCUUGCACCAUCCCGGAUCAAAACUAAUUUCUUUGGCACCGAAGUUCCGUCCAUUCCGUCCAGAGAGCAACAAGCAAGCACAGUAUCGUAUU